AAUCAGCCAACCUCCGCGAGACUUUGGUGCGGCUCCUUCUUCCUCUGUCUCGCAGGAACACGAUUAAUCUCGCGAUCUUUGGGAAGUUCCGUUGGGGAAGAUGGCGGCGGCCGCGAGCACCCUUCUCUUCUUGCCGCCGGGGACUUCAGACUGAGCCUUCCCCGGAAGAGUCGGGGCCGCUGGUGCGCCGCUUCCCCGGAGCCCAGGCUAACUUGGUUCCCCUCUGAGUGGCGGGGAAAGGCUCCCCGGCUCGUGGCGGACACAAGACCUCCCCGCUGUCAGGAUGAAGGCUCAGGGGGAAACCGAGGACUCAGAGAGGCUGAGCAAGAUGAGCUCCCUCCUGGAACGGCUCCAUGCGAAAUUUAACCAGAACAGACCUUGGAGUGAAACCAUUAAGCUUGUGCGUCAAGUAAUGGAGAAGAGGGUCGUAAUGAGUUCUGGAGGCCAUCAGCAUUUGGUCAGCUGUUUGGAGACACUGCAGAAGGCUCUCAAAGUAACAUCUUUGCCAGCAAUGACUGAUCGUUUGGAAUCUAUAGCCAGACAGAAUGGACUGGGCUCUCAUCUCAGUGCCAGUGGCACUGAAUGUUACAUCACGUCAGAUAUGUUCUAUGUGGAAGUGCAGUUAGAUCCUGCAGGACAGCUUUGUGAUGUAAAAGUGGCUCACCAUGGGGAGAAUCCUGUGAGCUGUCCAGAGCUUGUACAGCAGUUAAGGGAAAAGAAUUUUGAGGAAUUUUCCAAGCAUCUGAAGGGUCUUGUUAAUCUGUAUAACCUCCCAGGAGACAACAAACUGAAGACUAAAAUGUAUCUGGCUCUCCAAUCAUUAGAACAGGACCUUUCUAAAAUGGCUAUUAUGUACUGGAAGGCAACCAAUGCCACUCCCUUGGAUAAGAUUCUUCAUGGAAGUGUUGGUUACCUCACCCCACGGAGCGGGGGUCAUUUAAUGAAUAUGAAAUACUAUGCCUCUCCAUCUGACCUGCUGGAUGAUAAGACUGCCUCUCCUAUCAUUUUGCAUGAAAAGAAUGUUCCUCGGUCUUUGGGAAUGAAUGCCUCAGUGACAAUUGAAGGAACCUCUGCUAUGUACAAACUCCCAAUUGCCCCAUUAAUUAUGGGGUCACACCCGGCUGACAACAAAUGGACCCCUUCUUUCUCCGCAGUCACUAGUGCCAACAGUGUUGAUCUUCCUGCGUGUUUCUUCUUGAAAUUUCCCCAGCCAAUUCCAGUAUCUAAAGCAUUUGUUCAGAAACUGCAAAAUUGCACAGGAAUCCCGUUGUUUGAGACUCCGCCCACUUACCUGCCCCUCUAUGAACUCAUCACUCAGUUUGAACUGUCAAAGGAUCCUGACCCUUUACCUUUGAAUCACAACAUGCGAUUUUACGCUGCUCUUCCAGGUCAGCAGCACUGCUAUUUUCUCAAUAAAGAUGCUCCUCUUCCUGAUGGUCAGAGCCUGCAGGGAACACUGGUCAGCAAAAUCACCUUCCAGCACCCUGGCCGAGUUCCUCUUAUCUUGAAUAUGAUCAGACACCAAGUGGCCUAUAACACUCUAAUUGGAAGCUGUGUCAAAAGAACUAUUUUAAAAGAAGAUUCUCCUGGGCUCCUCCAGUUUGAAGUAUGUCCUCUCUCAGAAUCUCGAUUCAGUGUAUCUUUUCAGCACCCUGUGAAUGACUCCCUUGUGUGUGUGGUGAUGGAUGUGCAAGACUCAACACAUGUGAGCUGUAAACUCUACAAGGGGCUGUCAGAUGCACUAAUCUGUACAGACGACUUCAUUGCCAAAGUUGUUCAAAGAUGUAUGUCCAUCCCUGUGACGAUGAGGGCUAUUCGGAGGAAGGCUGAAACCAUACAGGCUGACACCCCAGCACUGUCUCUCAUUGCAGAGACAGUUGAAGACAUGGUGAAAAAGAACCUGCCCCCGGCUAGCAGCCCAGGGUAUGGCAUGACCACAGGCAACAACCCAAUGAGUGGUACCACUACACCAACCAACACCUUUCCGGGGGGUCCCAUUACCACCUUGUUUAAUAUGAGCAUGAGCAUCAAAGAUCGGCAUGAGUCGGUGGGCCAUGGGGAGGACUUCAGCAAGGUGUCUCAGAACCCAAUUCUUACCAGUUUGUUGCAAAUCACAGGGAACGGGGGGUCUACCAUUGGCUCGAGUCCGACCCCUCCUCAUCACACGCCGCCACCUGUCUCUUCGAUGGCCGGCAACACCAAGAACCACCCGAUGCUCAUGAACCUUCUUAAAGAUAGCCCCGCCCAGGACUUCUCAGCCCUUUACGGAGGCGGCCCCUUAGAAAGGCAGAGCUCCUCUUCCGGAUCACCCCGGAUGGAGAUGUGCUCGGGGAGCAACAAGGCCAAGAAGAAGAAGUCAUCAAGAGUCCCACCUGACAAACCCAAGCACCAGACUGAAGACGAUUUCCAGAGGGAGCUCUUUUCCAUGGAUGUCGACUCACAGAACCCUAUGUUUGAUGUCAGCAUGACCGCUGACACGCUGGAUACACCUCAUAUCACCCCAGCUCCAAGCCAGUGUAGCACUCCCCCAGCGACGUACCCACAGCCAGUGUCUCACCCCCAGCCCAGUGUUCAGAGGAUGGUCCGACUGUCCAGUUCAGACAGCAUUGGCCCAGAUGUAACUGAUAUUCUUUCAGAUAUUGCCGAAGAAGCUUCAAAGCUUCCCAGCACGAGUGAUGACUGCCCACCCAUUGGCACCCCUGUGCGUGAUUCCUCAAGUUCUGGGCAUUCUCAGAGUGCCCUCUUUGAUUCUGAUGUCUUUCAAACUAAUAAUAAUGAAAAUCCAUACACUGAUCCAGCUGACCUUAUUGCAGAUGCUGCUGGAAGCCCCAGUAGUGAUUCUCCUACCAAUCAUUUUUUCCCUGACGGAGUAGAUUUCAAUCCUGAUUUGUUGAACAGCCAAAGCCAAAGUGGUUUUGGAGAGGAGUAUUUUGAUGAAAGUAGUCAGAGUGGGGAUAAUGAUGAUUUCAAAGGAUUCGCAUCUCAGGCACUAAAUACAUUGGGGAUGCCAAUGCUUGGAGGAGACAGUGGGGAGCCAAAAUUUAAGGGCAGCAGCCAGGCUGACACGGUCGACUUCAGUAUUAUAUCAGUAGCCGGUAAGGCUUUGGGUGCUGCAGAUCUGAUGGAGCACCACAGUGGGAGUCAGAGUCCUUUACUGACCACUGGAGAAUUAGGGAAAGAAAAAACUCAAAAGAGGGUGAAGGAAGGCAACGGCACAGGUGCUAGCAGUGGAUCAGGUCCAGGGUCAGACAGCAAGCCAGGCAAGCGCAGCCGCACUCCCUCCAAUGAUGGGAAGAGCAAGGAUAAGCCUCCAAAGCGGAAGAAGGCAGACACUGAGGGGAAAUCCCCAUCUCACAGUUCUUCUAAUAGACCUUUCACCCCACCUACCAGCACCGGUGGGUCCAAAUCUCCAGGUAGUUCAGGACGAUCUCAGACGCCCCCAGGUGUCGCCACCCCGCCCAUUCCUAAGAUUACCAUUCAGAUUCCUAAAGGGACAGUGAUGGUGGGCAAGCCCUCCUCUCACAGUCAGUACACUAGCAGUGGUUCUGUGUCUUCCUCUGGCAGCAAAAGCCACCACAGUCAUUCUUCCUCCUCCUCUUCCUUAGCUUCUGCUUCCACCUCAGGCAAGAUGAAAAGCAGUAAAUCAGAAGGCUCAUCAAGUUCCAAGCUCAGUGGCAGUAUGUAUUCUAGCCAAGGGUCUUCUGGAUCCAGCCAGUCCAAAAAUUCAUCUCAGACUGGGGGGAAGCCAGGCUCCUCUCCCAUUACCAAACAUGGACUGAGCAGUGGGUCUAGCAGCACCAAGAUGAAACCUCAAGGCAAGCCAUCCUCCCUUAUGAACCCUUCUAUAAGUAAACCAAACAUAUCCCCUUCCCAUUCAAGGCCUCCCGGAGGCUCAGAUAAGCUUGCCUCUCCAAUGAAGCCUGUUCCUGGAACCCCCCCAUCCUCUAAAGCCAAGUCCCCUAUCAGUUCAGGUUCCAGUGGUUCUCAUAUGUCAGGAACUAGUUCAGGCUCUGGUAUGAAGUCCUCUUCAGGGUCAGCAUCCUCAGGCUCAGUGUCUCAAAAAACUCCUCCAGCAUCUAAUUCUUGUACACCAUCUUCCUCUUCAUUUUCCUCAAGCGGUUCUUCCAUGUCAUCCUCUCAGAAUCAACAUGGCAGUUCCAAAGGGAAAUCUCCCAGUAGGAAUAAGAAGCCUUCCUUGACAGCUGUCAUAGAUAAAUUGAAGCAUGGGGUGGUGACCAGUGGGCCUGGGGGUGAGGAUCCAAUAGACAGUCAGAUGGGCGUAAGCACAAAUUCUUCUAACCAUCCCAUGUCCUCCAAACAUAACAUGUCAGGAGGGGAAUUCCAGAGCAAACGUGAGAAAAGUGAUAAAGACAAAUCAAAGGUUUCUACUUCUGGGGGGUCAGUGGAUUCCUCUAAGAAGACUUCAGAGUCAAAAAAUGUGGGGAGCACGGGUGUGGCAAAAAUAAUUAUCAGCAAGCACGAUGGAGGCUCCCCGAGCAUCAAAGCCAAAGUGACACUACAGAAACCUGGAGAAAGUGGUGGAGAUGGGCUCAGGCCACAGAUAGCCUCAUCAAAGAACUAUGGCUCUCCACUUAUCAGUGGUUCCACUCCAAAGCACGAAAGGGGUUCUCCCAGCCACAGUAAGUCGCCAGCAUAUACACCACAGAAUGUGGACAGUGAAAGUGAGUCAGGCUCCUCCAUAGCAGAGAGAUCCUACCAGAACAGUCCCAGCUCAGAGGAUGGUAUCCGACCACUUCCAGAGUACAGCACAGAGAAGCAUAAGAAGCACAAAAAGGAAAAGAAGAAAGUCAAAGACAAAGACAGAGAUCGGGACAGAGACAAAGACAGAGACAAGAAGAAGUCUCACAGCAUGAAGCCAGAGAACUGGUCGAAAUCCCCCAUUUCUUCAGAUCCAACGUCGUCUGUGACAAAUAACCCUAUCUUAUCUGCAGACAGGCCUUCCAGGCUCAGCCCUGACUUCAUGAUUGGGGAGGAAGAUGAUGAUCUCAUGGAUGUGGCCCUGAUUGGCAAUUAACCUAACUUUCUAAACACACACAUUCAGAGGAGAAACUAAUGAUAUAUGUAAACCAACCCGAGGGGUGAGUCAGACAGGCCCUGUCAGUGCUUAAGAGUCCUAAAGGGCAUGGGCCUCUACACCAAGCUGGGUACAUUUAUAAACAUACAUCUAGACCCUGCUACCGAAACCAUGUGGUUGGUUGUUCAGAAACAAGUCAUAUUUCUUUGCCAGAAAGCAAUGAAUACAUUACUUGCUUAAGAAGGGGAGAGGGGUGGUGGGAGAGGGUGUAGAGAGGGAGGGGUGGGAAAUUGUUGUGGGAAAUAUUCAUAUAUUUUUCUCCCUUUUUCCAUUUUCAGGACAUGCUUUAAACUCAUUUUAGUGCAUGUAUUUGAAGGGCUGGGCAGAAAAUGAAAAAGCAAUACAUUCCUUGAUGCAUUCGCAUGAAGGUUGUUCACCUGUGGGAGAUGUCCAUUGGAAGCAUGGGCAAGGGAAGGACUUUGGCAGUUCUGGACACUUAAAGCAAUGUUUGGUGUCUGUUUCUUAGGAGUGAUUGGGGGAGGGAAAAUUAUUUUAGUUAUUUAUUUGUAAUAUUUUAAUCCUUGAUGUUUGUUUUUAUGCAAUGUUUGUUCCUAAAUCUAUGAAGGUUAUGGUUCAGAACAGUAGGAGGCAGGUAGCAAGGCCUGCCUGGUCGGGAGCUUGCAGCUGGUGCUGACGCUGCAGCACCAGUCCCAGAGCUAAUCACAGCCUGUCUUUGGAGUUGAAUAGAAAAACCAAAACUAUUAUCUUUGGAGGUUUUUCACAGGGUUCAGACACCAUAGGAAUAUUAGGAGUGAGUUACCUCCCUAUGCAGAGAAAAGAUUUCUCCUCUUUCAUUAAAAAGGAAGGGUGGCUUUGGGGGGUAUACAUUUGUUUUCAGAGUCUAUACCCUAUUGUAUAGAAUCAAUAGUUCUCCUACUUCCACAAUGUGCCAAAAGUCUACAUCCCAGCAUUUUGUUUGCAGGAGAGCUGAUGCCAUUCCUAAGAGCUGGACUCUUUGUUUCUCUUCAUCACAAGAAGAAGGAGUUCAGACUUAAAUCACUCCACUGUAUGCUCCCCGAGAUAAACAAUUUAAAAAAAAGCAGCCAUAGUUCACUUAAAACAAUUUCAAGCUCACUUGAAGUAAUUAGGGCCUGGAAUGCUAAGUGAGCAUGAAGAUAACCCUUGCUACCGUGUAGCACACAGUCGGACCUUUUUGGAGAAACAGGUCAGAGUGGAUUCUGAGGGACAUCAAAGGAAGACCUCAUAAAUAUAGAAAUGCAGGACAAAGGAGGACCUCAUAAACAGAGAAAUGCAGGACAAAGGAGGACCUCAUAAACAGAGAAAUGCAGGAGACCGUUUUGAGUGCAACAGAAGUUCUCAGUAUUUGGAGGGUCCUCUCAAAAGUCCGCAGCCUUACUUUGAUUUCGCCACCUGCACUGUGCCAUUCCUGAUGAUUCCAUUCGGGAUCUGUAUCAGCGGGGUGGGGGUGGGGCGUGAUCCCCAGCACAACUCUUCUGGAUUACAAAACAAGCAAAAGCCAGGUGAUUCAUGUUUGUAUGUGUUACAAGUGGAGUGACUUCAUCAGAUACGGACGAUUUCUACAUCCAACACUGCAGGUUGUUGGAGUUAGCAUAGACUUGGAAAAAUCUACUGUGGCUUUCUUUCCUAUUUCUCUCUCUCUCUUUUUUUUUUUUUUUUUUUUUUUUUUUUUUUUUUUUUUUUUUUUUUUUUUUUUUUUUUUGGUGUUCUCCCUUUUCUGGUCAUUGGUUUUCAACAACUCUGCCAUUUCUGUGUCCCAAGGCAAUAAAUAGGAAACAAUGUAUUGGAAAGUGGAGCAAGAAAAGUUACCUGUUCCCCUAUCAGAGCCCGGUGUCUUGGGUGACAUGGGCAGGGUGUAUUGGAGUGCUUUCUCUUGUGGUGCUGACAUAGUAGCCGUGCGGUGUCUCAGAUAAAGCCAGGUUGGAUUUCUCAGAAAUUUGCCACCUGGUUCUGAAUCCUAUCCUCUUAGUUUCUGCAGGAAAGUUGUUAUAUGGGGUUUCAUUUUGUUGUGGGUGGGGACAAUCUCAUGGGGAAAUGUACUGCAUAGUAUAAGGGGCUCAGGCCCCCCGAGCAGAGUCAACAAAUACCAAAAUCAGUAAACUGGGAAGCUUUUCUCUCUUUCUGUCUUCAUCCCAGAUCAAAGAAUCCCGAGUUAGGAUCUGGAUGAAGGAUAAGCCCCUGAAUUGCUGAUGGGCACACCCCACACAAUGACCCAGCAUCUGAACUUGCUUAACAGGGAGCCGGGGCUAAACUGCUUCACCCUGCCUGGGAACCAGGGAGCACUGCAUUUCUCCACAGGGUGGAGGAGAAGCGGCAGGAUAAAUCAAGCCUGGGACACCUCCCUCCCAUCCAGGUGUGUUCACCCUCCUGUUUGAAAGACGGCAAGGAC